AGGGUCCUGCAAGUCAUCCGUCUCCACAGGCUGUCAAGCAAUUUGCCCUCCACAGCGACCAGAAAUAACGAACGCAUUACAACAUCAUGUGCAAACAUAUCCUCAACGCCCAAGUGGCGAUCCGAUCACCAUGCUGCAAGCUCUGGUUCGACUGCGCACAGUGCCACGCUGAAUCGCAGAGCCACACACUGAAACAGGCUAUGGAGAUGGUGUUCGCAUGCAAGAAAUGCAAAAAGUGCUUCCGCAAGGAUAUGAACGAGUUUGAAGACAGCGACGAGUAUUGUCCGCACUGCGAUAACCGUAAGUAAGAGACGGACUCGGCAUUCAUUUGUAUUCUCCUUUUGCCUCGCAGCCCAUCAACCUCACUGCUAACCCUAUGAUCUCGUGUUUCCGGGAGAAAAAGAUUUCGUGCUGGAAGCCCUGGAGCCCAAGGCUCGUUUGGAAUUCGAGGGCGAGGAUGUCCGGAAAGACUCACGAAUGCUCAAAGACGAGCGUGUCGC